GCUGGAAUGACCUUCAUUGACACAACCACAGAAAUAGCGCGAAUCAUUAAUAUUUCUGGGCCUGGCAUGUUGGUACUUCGCGUGGGAAACGCAUGACUCAGCGUGUCUCCCCAGAUCGCUUACAUCAUCAUCUCAGUCUCAAGUUCUGGACCUGGACUGCUCACUCAAAUCAUCACCCCAUUGCAUAAUCUGGUCACUUCUGCUCUGUGCCUUGCCUUGCUAUUGUACACUGGAAGACGUGUUUGUGAUUGAUAAUUCGCCGGUUUGGAAGUACAUGAGCGCCUUAUUCCUUCCCAAUCCGGCCGCGCGUGACGCAGUAUUUUCCUCCGCACUUUGAACUUUCUGGAGACCAUUGAGCAACAUAGAGAUUGGAUUAUCAGUCGACCUGCCUGCUACAAUAAGUCUCGUACGAAUCUUUACAAAAAAUACAUCUCUCCUCGAACUGCGUGAGGAUCGUGCCCUGUGAGGAUGAGAGAGACUGAACAGAACUCGCUGAAUAGGCGUCAUUCGACCACGCAGCACUAUCAAACCUUCGACACUCCUCCUCCAAAAUCGCGUGGAAGACCGAACUCAGGCCAAUCCGAAUCGUCAGGCGGCGACUCGAAUCUGCAACAACAUGGAUCCGGAAGCGACGACGGAUCACGAUCUCCCUUGCCGAAGAAACAGAUGGCAGUGUUGGCGAUGAUCGCGCUUUGUGAGCAGACGGCACUCAAUUCGAUCAGCCCUUAUCUGCCUGAUAUGGCGGCGUCGUUUCCCGGAGUCGAACCGCAGUCUGUGGGUAUCUAUGUCGGAACGAUCGCCUCGGCGUUUGCGAUAGCGCAGUUCAUAACCAACUACUUCUGGGGUUGGCUGUCGGAUCGCGUGGGACGGAAGCCGGUCAUAUUGCUUGGGACCAUCCUCACUGCAGUUUGCAUGCUAGCGUUUGGAUUCUGUAAGACGUUAUGGCAGGCCAUCCUGGUGCAGGCGUUGAUGGGCGCUGUCAAUGGCAACCAGGGAUUGGUGUCAACGUGCCUGGGAGAGAUUACCGACAGAAGCAACCAGUCGAAAGCUUUCACUUAUCUCCCUGUCCUCUACGGUAUCGGAGGUAUCACCGGACCUCUUAUUGGCGGCUUACUAAACAAACCCAAUCCUUAUCCUUAUGCCGGGCCGAACCUCGUGUGUGCGGGAAUUCUUAUGGUGGACUUCAUUUUGACGAGCCUUUUCCUCGAAGAGAGUCUCGAGGAUGCGGAAGUUUUUCCUACAGUCAAACGCAGAAUUCGUGCAAUAUUUGUCUGGUUGUGGGAGUGGACUAGUCAUGCACGGCGGGCAAGACAGGCAUACCCUCCCCAUGAAUAUCAUUCCGUGCAACAGCAUGCAUCUGAGCAAGAUCAUGACAGCGAACUUGACUCCGCCUCGGAAGUGUCCAGUCAUCAAGGCGUCACACAUGAGUCCCUGCUCAAAACCGAGAUCUGGAAUCGGGACACUGUUUUGCUUCUGCUGACGUAUCUCAUCUUCGCCCUGGGCAAUGUGUCUUUCAACUCGCUUUUCCCUAUCUUUUCGCAUGCUCCACCUCCUACGGGACGAGCCCUUACUCCGAGCGAAAUUGGUCUCUCGCAAGGUUUUGCCGGCCUGGCCACUAUCCUCUUCCAAGUUUGUAUCUUCGGCAAACUGCGAGAUAAGAUGGGCAACCGGUGGUCAUAUCGGGCAGGCCUCUUCGGCUUCGUCCUGUCGUUCAUGCUCAUGCCUUUCGUCGGAUACAAAGGAGACGAUGCUGACGGUCGGCUGACCAAAAAGACUGCUUUCAUGGCUAUGGAAUUGUGCUUCGUGCUCUUAGUUAAGACGGUCGCUGCGGUUGGCGGUUUGACUAGUGCGCUUUUACUGAUUACGAACUCUGCUCCGGAUCACGCAGUUCUGGGAGCACUCAAUGGUCUUGCGCAAACUCUCGCCGCGGCUGGUCGAGCAGCCGGUCCGUUCCUAUCUGGUGGCCUUUUCUCCCUGGCCUCCCGCAUCCAACCAAAGGGAGAACUGCUGGCUUUCGGCGUCUUUGCUGCCGUUUCUUUUGUCGGCUUUAUCUUGAGUUUCGGCAUCAAGGGUCGCUCUUUAGAGGCGCAGGAUUGGGAAAGUGACGACGACGAUAAUUAUAAAUCGGAUGAUGAGCAUCCCUCAACUCCGUGAUUGUGCCCCGGACAACCUCAGGACGGGUAUCACCCGGUCGUUAUGAAUUGAUGAUCAUGUAUAGUGUCUCUAAGCCUCGAGUCCGGUGUUUUCCAUUGUUAUUGCAUUUCCCUUAGAUUGCCUCGCAUCUGUUGCGCAAGCGCUUGUUCAUAUGUAUAUAUUGGUGACAGCGACGAUAGAUUUAUGGUUCAUUCCGGGUCUGGGGACAUCUAAACUUUCAUAUCAUUGGCACGUCUUGUUCGUGUAGGUGGGAUUAGAUAUUUGCAUGAGAUUAAUCGAGA